GACGGGCAUGGCUACCAAAGUCGAGAUGAGGGUCCCUGGGCACCCAGAAGCUCUAGCCGGGGCACGGGAGCACCUCCAGGCAGUGACGAGGAACUAUAACACCCACCCGAGGCUCACCUACUGGACGGUGUGCGGUGUGAAUGGGCCACUGGUGGUACUGGACAAUGUGAAGUUUGCCCAGUAUGCUGAGAUUGUCAACUUCACCCUCCCGAAUGGCACACAGCGGAGUGGGCAGGUCCUGGAAGUGGUGGGGUCAAAAGCCAUCGUCCAGGUGUUUGAAGGAACAUCUGGGAUCGAUGCGAAGAAGACCUCUUGCGAGUUCACUGGGGACAUUCUCCGCACACCUGUUUCCGAGGAUAUGCUAGGGCGGGUGUUCAACGGCUCCGCUAAGCCCAUUGACAAGGGGCCAACUGUUAUGGCAGAAGACUUCUUAGACAUUAAUGGCCAGCCCAUCAACCCUCACGGGCGCAUUUAUCCCGAGGAGAUGAUCCAGACUGGAAUUUCACCCAUUGAUGUCAUGAACAGUAUUGCCAGGGGACAGAAGAUCCCCAUUUUCUCUGCUGCCGGUCUCCCCCACAAUGAGAUUGCAGCUCAGAUCUGCAGGCAAGCGGGGCUGGUGAAGAAGUCCAAAGAUGUCAUGGAUUAUCACGAGGACAACUUUGCCAUUGUUUUUGCUGCCAUGGGGGUGAAUAUGGAAACUGCCCGCUUCUUCAAGUCAGACUUUGAGGAGAACGGCUCCAUGGAGAAUGUGUGCCUCUUCCUCAACCUGGCCAACGACCCCACGAUUGAACGCAUCAUCACGCCCCGUCUGGCCUUGACCACGGCAGAGUUCCUGGCAUAUCAGUGUGAGAAACACGUUCUUGUGAUCUUGACAGACAUGAGUUCCUAUGCUGAGGCCCUGCGUGAGGUCUCAGCUGCCAGAGAAGAGGUACCUGGCCGCCGAGGGUUCCCGGGCUACAUGUACACCGACCUGGCCACCAUCUAUGAGCGUGCCGGACGUGUGGAGGGCAGGAACGGCUCCAUCACGCAGAUUCCCAUUCUUACUAUGCCCAACGAUGACAUCACUCACCCCAUUCCUGACUUGACCGGCUUCAUCACUGAAGGGCAAAUUUAUGUGGACAGGCAGCUCCACAACAGACAGAUCUACCCUCCCAUAAACGUCCUCCCUUCUCUCUCCCGUCUGAUGAAGUCUGCUAUUGGAGAAGGCAUGACUAGGAAGGACCACGGGGAUGUCUCCAACCAGCUGUAUGCCUGCUAUGCCAUUGGCAAGGACGUCCAGGCCAUGAAAGCUGUUGUUGGAGAGGAAGCCCUGUCUGCAGAUGACCUCCUCUACCUGGAGUUUCUGCAGAAGUUUGAGAAGCAAUUCAUUGCCCAAGGGCCAUAUGAGAACAGGACUGUCUUUGAGUCCCUGGACAUCGGCUGGCAGCUGCUCCGCAUCUUUCCCAAAGAGCUGCUGAAACGGAUCCCAGAGAGCAUCCUCUCGGAGUACUACCCGCGGGAAGCCAAAGGGGCCCAGAGUGCCGACACUGCUCUGUGAACUCCCCCAGGCUGCCCAGGUGCUCGGAGAGGUGCGCGCUGCAGUGUCCAGGGGGGCACAGCCGGCUACAGGCUAUGAGGGCCGUUGCGCUCAAGAGACCGGAGGCACCACCUGCAUUUCAUGGCAAGACACGCUCCUCCUCUCUUCACAUGGGGCAUGCCGUCCCCAUGUCCCGCAUGUUGCUCUUACAUUGCCUUAAAAGGAUGUCAGUUGUACACCGAAUCUUGAGUCAAAAUAAAACUGGAAUUAAUUCAA